AUGAAAGCUGACUUAGAAGCUGAAGAAAUCGAAACGCUGACGGCGCUAGAGUACAAGCGCCGACGGGAAGCUAGACGCGCCACAGACAGUGGUCGAGACUCGAACGAGCCGGUCUGGUCAGCGAACGAACUACAAAAACCAGCGAGCAGCUUGGAUGUCGAAGAUUGUUGGCAAGGAACGUCCACAGGAUGGGAAGAACGUAGCUCUUUAGUUUACACGAAUCACUCUAGCGUUCUUGAGGAGUCGCUUGCGCGGAUAGACGCAAGCCUUCUCGAGGCAUCACCGAGUAGGCAACCGGAAACGCCACCCGAGUUUCCCCCGGACGAACGCGAGGAGGGUCUCCCCAACCGAGGACCAGCACCCUGUACCCAUAUACCAGGCGAUCUGGUGCUUCGGCGCUGCAUACGAAUGACCCUGCGGUUCGUUGACCGAAAGCGUGCGCUCGAGUGCGUACGCUCUAUGCGUCGUUUGCACGCCGUCGCAUCGAUCGCUGAAAGCAGACAAGCGCGAGGGUACAACCUCGACCCUGUUGGGCCAGCUGUGAGGGCCAUGUCGUGUUACUGCUUUCCCGCUGCGGCGGCUGGCCCAGAACAGAAGCGCGCCUGGUCCUGGGUGCGGCGCCUGAGCCUAGCCCACCGUGCGUUGCAUGAGGAGGAGUUUGACUUCCAGCAACUCUGGCAUCCAGGCGUGCGACGGCCGCAACGUGGUACGCAACUGCCGAAUAAAAGUGAUGGCGCUCGAGCUUCACAGGCUGGUGCUGCUGCGGAUCGCAGACUCUCGGCAGGCUUGUCGCCACAGCCUCAGACGCUUCCAUUGUUGUUGGAGGACUUGGCAGGCUGGAAUAUGCAUUUAUCGACGAAUUGCGAGCUUCCUGCCUUGCAGUGGUGGCAACAACGCAUCUCGCGUUGGCGCCAAGCGUUUCUGCCCCUGUACCGUGUGUAUCGAAGAGCUGCGCAAUGCACUCCGCCCGAGACCUUGGCUCGAUCCACGGGUUUCCAUGUGGUUGGUGAUCAUUACUGGGCGACCUUUGGCUGGAUAUCGGGACUGGAGACGGCUCCACGUCAGGGCAACUGCGGCGGCGAUCAGAAAAAGGCACCCUCGUCGAUGGGCGCCAAUGCGAACACCCAGUCGAUGAAAGAAGAGAAACAGCGAAAUCUCGCGCUGCCGUUUGGUUUUAUGUCCCAUACGACAGAGCGGGUUCGCAACCUACUCGACUCUAUCUUUGCAGUACAGUAUGAUGUGCUAGGAGAUCAGCGCAGUGUGCGACCUGCAGUUUCACCGCACUUUAUGCGCGCGGAUGCGACAUUUGAGAAGGACUGGAUGUCGCAGCCAGUUGACGCUGCCAGGUCACGCUCUUGUCCAGUUGUCGUUCGUGGCGCCGGAAACGUUCAGGGUCUCUUUGAGCUCCUUCUGCAUUUUGGGCCUUGGUUGUUUUCAAAUACGGAUGUGCCGCUUUUGCUGGCCUCGAGUGACGUUCCGUUCAUGGGUGCAAGUCUCGUACUGACCGACUAUACAUUCAUCGGCGAUGAUGACGUGUUACUGGCCGGCGAUGAAGUAUCACAUCCGUGUUCCUCGACUGGACCGCGAGACUGCACUCCGUCUUACUCGGUCACGCUCGAAUUCAAAGGGCCGCUUUCGCCAUUCGCGAUGCUUCACUGGGAGGCGUUUCUAUCCCAGACCGGGGCAGCAGCGGCUACAUUACACGCUGAGACCGACAAACGAACCCUGAUGCCGCGAGGCGCGCUGUCUGCGCGCCUUUUCCAGGCUCGUGACGGCCGCCUGAGCGAGAUGCCAGCAGCGCUUGCCUCCCGGCUGGGCAGCGCUUGGCAGCAUCUCGAAGCCUGGCCUGCACCGAAAGAUGGGGUUGUUCACCAGGACGCAUACCCCGGUGACGCCCUAGAAAAGCCACCUUCGGUGCGUCCGUGGUGCUUUCUUUCCAAAGCAGACAGGCUAGGCCUUGCUGACCGUUAG